UCUUCAGCCAGGACGUCGCGCUCGACGUCGUCCUUCAAGGGAGGAAAGACGAUCGGGAUUGCUGGGAUCCAAAACCUUCUGAUGAAGAACAAUUCUUUGCAAUCUUUGCCUGAGCUAGCAAGCGCUACCUUGACCAACAUGGACCUCUCGCACAAUCGCCUUGAGGAUGAAAUCUUCGUGAAGAUCUCUUCCAUGACGAACCUCAGGAUCCUACGGAUGCAGCAUAACUGCUUGUCCUCCAUCCCCGAAGACGUCGAAAACCUCCGCUCUUUGAUGAUGCUGGAUUGUUCCUUCAACCAGAUUGCGGAGAUUUCUCCACAGAUUGGAAAGAUCCUGGGCCUCAGCUCCCUGAUGCUCCGUCACAACUUGAUCGAGCAUCUUCCCAACGAGUUCUUCCGCCUGACCAACUUGCAGCAGCUCGCCCUCUCUCACAACAAGAUUCGAUCAAUCCCGACUUUGAUCGGACAGUUGACCGGACUUCGAGAAGUUUCCUUCGAGAAUAAUCAGCUGAUGUCCAUUCCACUGGAGCUCGGCAAUCUGACGAGCAUCGAGCAACUUCGGCUCGAAGACAAUCCUGGAAAUCUCCUUCCUGAGGGCUUCACAGCCAAGGGGAUGGACGCGGUGAUGGAGUUCUUCGCAUGGAACUGUCAAUACACUGAUUAAGCGAGAGCUGGUUGUAGGUUUUGUAAUAUCAAUCUUUAUGUCUGUAGAUGAAAGUUGUAAUGUACAUAAAUUGUGAACAAGCAAGCG